CAGACCAACGCCCUCAUCGACGCCACGCUGUCGGGCGCGGCGGCCGCCUCUUCGGUGAGAUCCCCGCAGGCGUCGGGGUCCUCCACGAGCCAGCAGGCCGUGGAGACCGGCAUCAGCCCCGACGUCCAGGGCUACGGCACCCCAGAGAUCUACCACAAGUGGCGGAUCGAAGGAGCAAGAAGAAUGCCGGGCUGUAGCGCGGCCGCCCAGCAGGUGGUGCGGUGCGCCUGGCCGGUGCCGGGGCGGCGACCACUGAUCGGGGCUGCAGGUAGGGCGCCGCCUCACACCGGGCGCGGGGGGGGGAGCUCCGGGGCGCCUUGGGAGGCUCGGAUGCCGACGUCAAUUGUGCCCCUGGAUUUCUUGCAGCAGGAUCUUCUUAGUGCGUGUGCCUGCUAGUCGACGUGUACAUUUGUCUCGGGGACUGCUGCCUCUAUGCCUGUGUGGCCUCUGUGUAGGCCUUUUUUUUCCGCCAGGUCCAGACUUCCGCGUGGGCACCCUUUUGACAUGGCGGGACCGGCGCGCUCUCCAGUCCCUUCCUCGUCCCUUGCCUCCCGUUCGGCAAGGGUUUCGACCAGCGCUCUCUGGUCUCCUCUCUCUCGUACCCUCGCC